UGCUUCUCUCAAGMGAUGGUGGUCUGUUUCCAUUUGAAACAGGAGUUGGACCAGUAUGAUGUCAUCGACAAGCACACACAGUCCGGCCUUGACCUGGUGGAGCGUUACAUAAAGUUUGUCAAAGAGCGGACAGAGAUCGAACAGAACUACGCCAAGCAGCUCAGGAACCUGACCAAGAAGUACACCAAACGAGGAGGCAAAGACGAGCAGGACUGCAAAUAUAGCAAUUACGCAUCUUUCCAGGACAUCCUGAAAGAGCUGAACGACUAUGCCGGACAACGGGAGCUGAUCGCUGAGAACAUGGUGGAAAAAAUCUGUAAUGACCUCAGCAGGAACGUCCAGGACCUCAAGCAGGAGCGCAAAACGUUCCUGUCGGACGUCAAGAAGGCCCAGCAGACUUUAGAAAGCAGCUUCAAACACCUGGAAACGACCAAGAAGCGCUUCGCCAAGGAGUGGGCGGAGGUUGAAAAGGCCAAUCAGCAUGUAGAGAAAAUUGAGAACGACAUGUCUGCCACGAAGAUCGAUGUUGAGAAAGCCAAGCAGAGCGCCCUUGGACGCACACGCACAGCGGAGGAGUGCAGGAACGACUAUGCAGCAGAGCUACAGAAAUACAACAAGGAUCAGAACAGCUUCUACUAUGUAGAAAUCCCACUGAUCUAUAAUAAACUGCAGGACCUGGACGAGCGGAGGAUCCGGCGGCUGGCCGAGGGCUACUGCCAGUUUUCCGACAUGGAGAAGAAGGUCUUUCCCAUCAUCAGCAGGUGUCUGGAGGGAAUCUCUGCAGCGGGGACGAAAGUGGAUGAGAAACAGGACUCAUUAAUCUUCAUAGAGCAACACAAGUCUGGUUUUGAACGGCCCGCAGACCUGGAGUUUGAAGACUAUUCCCACGGAAUCAAACCGGCAAAUUCAGAAAACACACUCAACCCACCAAAACUGCGGCCCAAGCUCUGGCCUUUCAAGAAAAUUAAGCAACCUGCAGCGGAGCCUGAUUUCUCCCACCUGCCUCCAGAACAGAGGAAGAAGAAGCUGCAGAGGAAGAUCGAGCACAUCAACAAAGACCUGCAGAAGGAGCAAGACCAAAGUGAUGCACUGGAGAAGAUGAAGGGUGUAUACGAGCAAAAUCCACAGAUGGGAGACCCCUCCAGUCUGGAGCCUCAAAUCACAGAAACGUCCCAGAGAAUAGGCCAGCUACGGGGAGAGCUAGCUAAAUACGAGACGUGGUUAUCUGAAGCAGGAGGAGGAGAUGAAUGUUCCGUCCCCAUCAAUAAUAACAUCCAACAUAGCGCCACAACAACAGACCCAUCUCAGAAUUUAUACGCAGAGUUUGACGAAUUUGAAGAUGUGGAAAGUUCCUUCGGCCAGUGCACCGCUCUCUACACCUUCCAAGGCAACAGCGAAGGCACCAUUUCCAUUACGGAAGGAGAGCUGUUGACUAUAAUGGAGGAGGAUAAGGGAGACGGAUGGAUGAGAGUCCUCAAAGCCAACAAAGAGGAGGGGUAUAUACCAUCCUCUUAUGUCCAGCUCACAUCUUAACUUCCAUCACACAGCCCGUUCAGGAGCUUUAAGGAGCUGGAGGUGAACGCAGCGUUGUUCCACAUAAUUGUAGCGGUUCUUUACAGCUUUUAUCUCAGCCAGCAGCAGAUACGGUGAGAUGAAUGUGAGUGAUUACAAAGGCCAAUUACAGUCUCAUUCAAAGCCCUUCUCGCUUCUCCGUGGCGUCAAAUGCUGCCUGAAAGGGCAGAUUGUCACGAGUGGUGCGCUCCUUAUCAAAUUUAGUUUUUUAAAACGACAUGUUCUGAUUGUAUAUGUUACCUUUCUGUCUCUGUAUGGACAAAAAAUUUAUAACUCUUUGUCAGCAUCAUAGCAGCUAACAGUUGUUAAUGUCAGGAAUUAUUUAAAACAUGUAUUUCCAAGUGCCUUUUCUAAUAACCUGCUGAAUUUCUUUCUUUUUUAUUUAAAGUUUUUGCUCAAACCACUUUCCCGAGUGAAGUAAUGUGAGAUGAUUUUUUAUCUUUUAACUGGAAUGAAACCACUGUGCUCAUGGGAAUGUAAAAAAAAAGUAUCUCACUCAGUCAGCGGUGAUGGUAAACGCAGGGUUGAUUUUUUUUCUAACCUCUCCAAAACAGGAAGGUGUUCAUUUAAUGCGGAAGUGAAAACAGAUUUAUGCCGUCCACUGUGUUCUUUCUGACGUUGACAAGAAAUCUCUUGUCCCCAAUUUAUGUUUAAACCAUUUUUCAACAUUUUGUUUUUUAACAGAAUUUUGCAUUUGUGAGUCACAUCCUCUGCACCUAUCUUAAAAAAAAGAGCAAAGAAAACUAUCUCAACUUCAAACUAUGUUUAAAACAGUUUGAGACAUUAAAGGUCCUAUUUUUCCAGCCAUAGAUAUCUUCAUUAGGAGGACAACCUUGUCAACAUAAAUAAGGUAAAACAAAAAGGUUUAAAGGUAAUAAUGUCACUAGAUUUACCGUACCCUUGUUACACUCAAAGGUAACUGUUUUGUGCAUAUUUUUAAGCAAAGUGUGGCAAAACCAAAGAAAAAGCACAAUGUUGUCAACACUGCUCUGGCUUUAAUAAAUCUCGUUUUCUGUUCAGUAACACCAGACAAUCAGUUUCUAUUUGUCCACAGAAAAGGCAGAACCUUUAAGAAGCAGUUCCAUGUUCGAUGACAAACUGGUUCCUCUAUGUAGUUCCUAAACUUUGCUGUCAGGAGAAAAAACAUCUUUAUACAGCUUAACAAACAUGAUUAUGUCAGAGCUAAUGUGCAGCGAGUCGUUAACCAACUUCACAAGUAACUCUGAACUGAGGGAUCUGCUGAAAUGCAGGUUCAUGGGUCAUUAAAUGAAAUGUUUGAUAUCUGUUUAAAUAAAUCACUUUAGAAACUUGCAGCAURUUUAAUCUGUGUAAUAUAUUGAGAUUAAUUUGUUCAGAUUUUUUUUAAGGUAAGCUGAUCGAACACUGACCAAACUGUUUUUGAACUUUUAGUCUGUGGAAAUGUAUAAAACUCUUCCAAAAUC